AUGCCGGAGUCGCAAAGUCCCACGAACGCCGCCGACCGGCCCCGCCUUACCGAAGCCCAAAAGAAAGAGAACCACAUCCGUUCUGAGCAGAAGCGACGCGAAGCGAUUAGAGAAGGCUUCGACCGACUUGCCUCAAUAGUACCCGGCUUGGAGGGACAAGGCCGCAGCGAGGCAGUUGUGCUCGGGGGUGCCAUCAAGCUCAUGCGCGAGAAGAUUGUGGAGCGACAGCAGAUCAUCGCCGACGCCAAGGCGAAGGGGAUCGACACAACGGGAUGGGAGUUGGACAAGGACACGAUGGAGGCGUGCGCUAGGCAGAUGGAGCGAACGCUGGCCGAGGAGCGACAGGCGGAGAAAGAAGAGAGCAGUAAUGGUGUUGAGGUGAAGAAAGAGAAGCAGCAAGACACCCUUUGA